UCCUCCAGGAAGGACCGAACGUUGAGUCGAAAGCGGCGCGACUCCUUGGCUUUACGGCGGCUUCUUUGCGACACUGUCGCGGCGCCAAAACUCCCGUCAGCCCACGGGGCAAAGCAAAGAGAGGAAGUGGGAACACGUGGGGACCCUGAGAGUCACUAACCAAAUGGAAGCCAAAGGUAAAAGGAAGUUCAUAGGACAAGGUGGGAAAGCAGGCGGCGGUAGAAAGAAGUUUAAAAAGAAUAAUGAGAGGUUCAAUAAAAAAGAAGGUGAAGAAGGCAAACCCAAAUUUAAAUCCAAGAAAUUUGAGAGAGGAAACAAAAAACCUGGUAAAACAGGUACAAAACAAUUCAAGAGUAAACAACUCUUAGAAAAGUUAUCCAGGAAACGCAAACUUCAAGAUGACAAAGAAGGAGGGUUGCAGCCUAAGAAGCCUAAGUGGGAUGACAUCAAGAAGAAAAAGAAGGAGCUGAAGCAGAGCCGACAGCUGAAUGACAGAGCCAACUAUGAGGCAGUGCUUAAAGGAAAACAGAUUUGGGAAACACUCCGGCGGAAAGACUGUGACAAAGCAAAACGUGACAAGCUGUUAAGUGAACUUCAGGAGCUACUUCGUGGGAAAAUUAAAAAUAUGGCGUUUGCUCAUGAUUCAACCCGUGUCAUCCAGUGUUACAUUCAGUAUGGCAAUGAAAAGCAAAGACAAGAAGUAUUUGAAGAAUUAAAAGAGAGUUUCACUGAACUAAGCAAAUCCAAAUAUUCUAGAAAUAUUGUGAAGAAACUUCUUAUCUAUGGAACAAAGCCACAAAUUGCAGAAAUCAUCAAAAGCUUUAAAGGGGAGGUGAGAAAGAUGCUGCGCCAUGCUGAGGCAUCUGCUGUGGUGGAAUAUGCAUACAAUGACAAAGCCAUUUUGGAGCAAAGAAACAUGUUGACAGAGGAGCUUUAUGGGAAUACCUUCCAAGUCUACAAGUCAUCAGAGCACCCAACCUUGAAUGCAGUGUUAGCGGCUCAACCAGAAAAGCAAGAGGCCAUUCUGGAGGAGAUGAAACAGAUCCUUACUCCAAUGGCUCAGAAAGAGGCUGUAAUAAAGCAUUCUUUGGUACAUAAAGUUUUUUUGGACUUUUUUACUCAUGCACUCCCUAAACAGAGAUCUGAAAUGAUUGAAGCAAUUAGAGAAGCGGUAAUCUACUUGGCACACACACAUGAUGGAGCCAGAGUAGCCAUGCAUUGCCUGUGGCAUGGAACUCCCAAGGACAGAAAAGUCAUUGUAAAAACCAUGAAGACAUAUGUAGAAAAAAUAGCUACUGGUGAAUUCUCACACUUGGUCCUGCUGGCAGCAUUUGACUGCAUUGAUGAUACAAAACUUGUGAAACAGCUGGUUUUAUCUGAAAUUAUUAAUUCUUUAGCCAACAUUGUAAACAACAAGUAUGGAAGGAAAGUAUUGUUACAUCUGUUAAGUCCAAGGGAUCCUACAUAUUUCUCACCAGCAGUAAUCAAAAUUCUGCAGCAGGGUGAUGGGAAUGCUUACAGUAAAAAAGAUGUAGAUGUUCGCCACCGUGAACUCCUGGAAGCUGUUUCUCCUGCCUUACUAAAUUAUCUGAACCUGCAUACUGAAGAAAUGGUGAUGGACAAAGCUGCAUUCAUUGUAGUGACAGGUAUCCUCAGGCAUGCUGUUGGUGAUGUCCAGCCUGCUAUGAAAAUCAUUGCAAGUCUUGCUGCAAGAGAGAUAGUUCCAGGAGGCAAAGAUGGCCAGCUUCACAUUGCAGAACAUCCAGCAGGUCAUCUGGUUCUGAAGUGGCUAAUCGAGCAAGAUGAGAAAAUGAGGGAGAGUGGCAGAGAUGGAUGUUUUGCAAGAACAUUGGUGGAGCAUGUGAGCAUUGACCUUCUGAAGACCUGGGCAGAUGUGAAUCGUGGUGCAAUUAUUCUGUGUCGCCUUCUUCAGAGCUCUGACGAAGAGGUGGUGGCUCAAGUCAAAGUUGGAUUAAAAAGUCUUGUUCCAAAACUAAAAAAGACUAAAGAUGAAGCAACAGCAACAAAAGCAUUGCUGGAAAAAUUAUCAUCUUAAUUUAAGGAGUUAUUAAAUGGACUAAUUUUCUAUGUAAACAAUUACUUCUUUUUUAAGAAGAAUUUUUAUUGCUAAUAAACACUUUCAGCUUCUUUGGAAUGUUA